AUGGCAAAAGAACUUAACAUUGCUGCAUUAUCUAAAACUCUAAUUCGAAAUAUUCGUGCAGGAGAUUAUUCUGGUUUAUUAACUUAUUGCUCAAUAUUUUAUCCUAUUGAAACACAAAAGAUUGGUUUCUGGGAUGACUUAGAUUUUAUUGGUAUGGAUUUUUAUCUACCAUUACUUAAUAUAACAAAUGAUGGUAAUAUAUCUUCACAACAAGAUAUGGUUCAAAGAUUUUCUGAUUAUUUUCAAUAUUUCAAAAUAUGGCUGAGUAAUCAAUCAUCAAAUGCUUCAUCAAAACCAGUCGUUUCUACUGAAGUUGAAUAUCCAAGUUCAUUAGCUGGACUAGCAAUUCCAUCUGCAACUCCACCUAUACAAUGUUUUGGUAAUUAUAGUGCUAAUUUCACACUACAAGAUAUGGGAUUUAAAGCACUUGAAAACAAUAGUGAAGUAUUUAAUGAAACUAUUAUACUUUGGUGA